CACUUCUGCCAUAGUGCACUACAUAGGCUGCAGAAGCCAUUAUUUUAUUCCCACUGAAGUGAAUAACUAUACGAAGUCCUGGAUUAUUUGGAAGUCAGUUCUAAUGUUGUUCAUUCGAGUUAUUUAGGGCUUUGGAGUUUAUCUUUGCAUGCUGUAUUAGCUAGCUAGCGGAGUAGCGGGGGAGAGCGUCGGCCUGGACAACCGGGACUUUUCCUGAAAUCUGAAUCCGACUAUCGGGAGGGAAUGAUGGGGCGCGGCGCUGUGGAUUUCCCGGUGGCUGUGGUUCUGCCAGCGGCUGGUUGCGGCGAGAGGACCGGGCUGCCGACCCCCAAACAGUUCUGCACUUUCCUCAACAGACCCCUCAUCAGCUUCACCAUCGAAACUUUUGAAAGAAUCCCGUGGAUCGAGAGCAUUGUUGUUGUUGUUUCUAAAGAGAGCCACGAUGUGAUGCUGCACAUCAUUCAGCAGUUUCAUCAUACAAAAGUCAAAGUGGUUGAAGGCGGCACCACGAGACAUAGAUCGAUCUUCUGUGGCCUUCAGGCAUUUGGCGAGAGUGCAGAAGGUCCUGUGCUUCCCAGGCCGAAGGUGGUCAUCAUCCACGAUGCUGUGCGUCCGUUCGUAGAGGAGGACUUUCUGCUUAAAAUCACACUGGCAGCCAAAAAGCAAGGGGCUUCUGGAGCCAUCCGUCCGUUGGUGUCCACAGUGAUUGCCACCACCUGUGAAGGCUUCCUGGACCACUCGCUGGAACGGACCAAGUACAGGGCCAGUGAAAUGCCCCAAGGAUUUCUCUAUGAUGUCAUCUAUCAAGCCUAUCAACGGUGCAGCGAGUUUGACUUUGACUUUGGCACCGAGUGCCUGCAUUUGGCCCUGCAGUACAGCGGCACCAGUGCCAAGCUUAUUGAGGGACCACCGACACUGUGGAAAGUGACAUACAAACGAGAUUUGGCGGCAGCAGAGUCAAUUAUCAAAGAGACUCUCUCGCUGUCAGCAUGUGUCAUCUCGGGAGUCAUGGCAGAAACCGUGGAGCUUUCCAGCAGGCUCCAAAAAAACCUGGAAUCCCACCAUAUGGCAGUGGAUGUUAUCCCGUGCCCAAAGGAGAAUCAAGAGCUGCUGCUAAAGACCAGGAACUUCAUCCAGAUAUCUACCAGUGGUACAAGUUUAUCUGAAACUGAGGAGAUUGUGAAGGUUUUCGAGGAGACAAGACAUGCCCUUUUGUAUCCGGUUGUUAUUGUUUGGGUUCAUUUAUGCGUAUCGGAUGAGGCAUUGGGUAGCCAAAAGAAUGACGAGCUGACUGCCAUCAUGGAUCUCUCUACGAAGUUCAAACGGGGCAAUGUUUUACUCUACAGUGUGCAAGUUUUUUACUCCAAGGUCCCUGAGCUCUGGGAGAGGUCUAUAUCAAGACUAUCAGAGAUCACAGAGUCUCUUAUCAGAGACAGAAACCCGGUUCUUACUGGACAGAUCCUGCGAGCUUGAGACACCGGGUUGGACACACUCACACACACACACACACACACACACAUAUAUAUAUAUAUAUAUAUAUAUAUAUAUGUGUAUCAGUGGCAUAUGUGUUCUUGUAGCUAAACAAUGAGAGAAUGCUACGCCUACAUCUAUACACAAAACCUUAACCUCAGAAACCCAAAGGAACUCUUGGCAUUUCUUUUAAUAAAAGCUGACAUUUCUGUAAAAAAAAAAAAAAAUCCUUAUGGGGAGCAGCCAAAUGUCCUAGGGCAAACCUGUCACAUAUACAUUAUACAUUUGGUCCCCAUAAAAGGAUAAAAAAAAAAACACCACCACCACAAACAUGCAACAAAAUCCACUACACUGUCAAGACAUGACAUUAUAAAACCCUGAUGUGGAAGGUGUUUAAUAAAAAAAAAAAUUCUGUAUGUUUAAACUGC